CCGAGCCUUUUUCCUGCAUCCGGGCCUGAGAGUGCAGGCUUGAGGGAAGCAUGGAGGUCCAUGGCAAGCCCCAGGCUAGCCCGAGUUGUUCGUCGCCCACCCGGGAUUCCUCAGGAGUCCCAGUGUCCAAGGAGCUGCUGACGGCGGGAAGCGACGGCCGCGGAGGUAUAUGGGACAGGUUGCUCAUCAACUCCCAACCUAAGUCCAGAAAGACCUCCACUCUUCAAACAGUUCGGAUAGAGAGGAGUCCCUUAUUGGACCAGGUACAGACAUUUCUCCCACAGAUGGCACGGGCAAAUGAAAAGCUAAGAAAAGAAAUGGCAGCUGCACCACCUGGUCGUUUCAAUAUUGAAAACAUUGAUGGGCCUCAUAGUAAAGUUAUACAAAUGGAUGUGGCUUUGUUUGAGAUGAAUCAGUCGGAUUCAAAAGAAGUGGACAGUUCAGAAGAGAGUUCACAAGACAGUUCAGAGAACAGUUCAGAAUCAGAAGACGAAGAUGACAGCAUCCCAUCUGAAGUCACCAUAGAUAACAUUAAGCUUCCCAAUUCUGAAGGUGGAAAAGUAGAGACGGGAUUUCACCGUGUUAGCCAGGAUGGUCUCAAUCUCCUGACCUCGUGUUCCACCCUCCUUGACCUGCCAAAGUGUUGGGAUUACAGGCAUGAGCCACCGUGCCCAGCUGGAAACUAGCUUAUCUUUAUUUUCUUCAUCUAUUCCAAGAAUAAUUCAGCUUAAACAUCAGUUCACAAUCCUGGGUCAAAAUCCUGAAGCAAAAAUACAGGAUAUGUAUGAUUUGUAGACUUUUCCCAAAAGUUUUAAUGUUGGAAUCUUUGUAUUUGACUCCUCACCAUCUGUUCAUGGAAAACUCUUGCCAGUUACUGGUUUAGGAAUGGGCACGUGAUGUGAGCCUAAGCAGUGAGGCAUGCGGAAAGUCUGUAGACUUUUGGGAAGGAAAGUGCAGUCAUGCACUGUGUAAUGAUGUUUUGGUCAACGAUGGACCACAUAUACAACAGUGGUCCCAUAAGAUUAUAAUGCUAUAUUUUUACCAUACCUUUUCUAUAUUUAGAUAUUUUUAGAUAUACAAAUAUUUGCUGUUGUGUUACAGUUGCCUACAGUAUUCAGUAGAGUAACAUGCUGUACAGGUUUGUAGCCUGGGAGCAAUAGGCUGUAUCAUACAGCCUAGGCAUGUCAUAGGCUAUACCAUCUAAGUUUGUAUAAGUAAACUAUGAUAGUCACAUGACACAAUCGCCUCAUGAUGCGUUGCUCAGAAGAAAUCAUGCAACACAUGACUGUGUUUCUCAUUCCUAGAAAGGAGGCACAUGACGAGAUGAUUAUUGUAUCAUACAGCCUAGGUGUGUUGUAGGCUAUACCAUCUAGGUUUGUGUAAGUACACUGUGAUGUUCACACAACAAAAUCGCCUAAUUCUGCGUUGCUCAAAAGGAAUCAUGGCACAUGACUGUAUUUCUCAUUCCUAGAAAGGAGGCACAUGACAAAAUGAUUCCUUUCUUUUGGAAGAAAGGACAAGAUAGUGAGGCAGGAAAUUUUCCCUGACUCUUUCAUGGGUGGGAACUGGAGUGCACAGGUGCUAGAACUAGCCAGCUGCUUCAGUGCCAGAAGGGGCAGACUCCACUCACUCUGUCCCACUGUGUCCCACCCCUUGCAGGAAGGUGAGUACAGGUGAGUGGGUGCAGGAGCCGGGUGAGUGCUUUUGGGCACCGGCAGAAGCAAAACUCCAUGUGGCCUCAUGGCAUCAUCUAGGGGGCUGCCUAUGACCCCUGAAGCCCCAGAAAGAGGGUUACAGUCCAUGCUCUUUUAGCUUUACUGUCUGUAGAUGGCUUAAAUGUUAACAGCUCAGUGGAGGGUCAGCGUGACAGCCUUUUGCACCUGCACCCAAAUUCUUGUCCAGCGUCCAGGAGGAAUGAGGUUGCAUGAAAAUUGGAGAGGGUAAAUGCGGGGGAUUUUAUUGCCGAUGAAAGCGUCUCUCAGCGGGAAGGGGAGCUGAAAAGGCGACAGAAUGGGAAGAUAAUCUUCCCCCGGAGUCCAGCUGUCCCUGGCCUGGCUGGGCUCCUUUCUGAAGCAACACUGUCAAGCUGUCCCUCUGAAGUCAAGCUGCUUCUCUCCAACAUCCAACCGUAGUAUUUGACGGCCAGCUGCUGCUCCUCUUCUCCUCUCUCUGCUUGCAGGGGCUGGGGUUUUUGUGGGCACAGGAUUGGGGUAGGGCGGGCCAUGGAUAGUUUUGGAAAAGGCAACAUUCGAGCAGGAAAAUGGGAAUGCAUGUUCUCAUUUUGGGCUGUGGUUCCAGGCUUAAGAGUGGGGCCCUCGCUGGGGACCCAUCCUCUUCUGCUCAGAAUUUUCCUGCCUCCUGUCCCUAUCAUUAUGAUGGGAUAUGAUUCCUGGAACUCCUUUCUCGUGGCCGUGAAUGGAGCCAGCUCUUGAGGGUAAAGUGAGCACACCACAGAUAGCAGACAAGAGCAAAGAACAUUAUAGAGUCACUGCAUCAAAUAACUUGUAUACUGCACUAUUGCUGGGCUUUGUUUUUGGUGGCAGAAUAAAUUUCCUUAUUUUUUUUUCAAAAAAGCCUAUCACCUUGUGAGAUAUGCUUAUAUUCACUUCACAGCUGAGAAAAUUGGCAUAGAGAUACUAAUUGCAUAACUUGUAAUACACAAUGUUGGCAAAGAUGUGGGAAAAUUGUUGGUGGGAUUAUCGAUUCAGGAAUUCCACUUCCAGGUAUUUGUUCUAAUUACAUAAGUGUAGCUUUGGUCAUAAAUUUUAUAUAAGAUUUUUUGUGACAUUUAAAAUAGCAAAAAGCAAAUCUAAAUGUCCAACGAUAGACAACAUGUUGAAUUAAAGCCAUUGAAAUAU